GAAAUAUGGAUCGGAAUGUGACAUUCCGAUCAGUGUCAGCCUGUCCCAAAGACGCUCUCACUUGGCUGAGCAACGGCAUCAAGUUACAGUGCCCGAAUGAUACCUAUGGUAGGAACCUGUAUCAGUGUGUACCUAAUGAUGACAGAUCCUCACUGGUGGAAUUUUGUUCUAAAUCGAGUAUUGCCAGAUUUGAAGCAAAUUUCUGCCCUUAUGCUGUAUCUUCCGGUUACUUAGACGCCAUCAACUGCUCCACUUUUCUCAAAGGUUGUCCGAGAGAACCUUACCUAAACAAUGAAGUUUACAAAUAUCCAGCUUGCUUGGAAAUAAAUCCACAACAACGCUGCUAUUUGUCAAUUGAAAACUGUUUAAACAAAACGAGUAAGGAAGUACCAAAAUCCACAACUUAUAUUCAACUAACUGACUUCUCAUCAUAUAGCCUGUCCACAGACAGCUUUAAUCCGACCUCGGUGUCACCAGACAGUACUUCUAAUUUGCAGCCGGGGAUUGAGACCGUACCUAUAAUUGCUGGAGUAGUCUCACCAUUGAUCGUACUAGUGGUUAUUUUCGUGAUUAUCUUCUCUUUUUAUUUGAAAAAAAGCCCAAGUGAGUUCAUUUUAUGUAUACAUAUACAUUAUUUACAUCGUACUUUGGCUGUAUCAUUACAAAUACUACAUAUAGUAGUCUGUAUAGCUAUAUUAUAUGCAAAGUAAAUUUAAAACAAGAGACAUUUCUGCCAAACGUGAAUCUCAAAAAAGAUCAGACUACACGUUCCUAAAAAUAUAAACUUUCCCGAAAGUUUGUCAUUGACGUGUAUAUAUUUAAACAAGUUUCCUCACAUAAAAAAGAAUACCUUACCAGGUCUUUCAACAAGAAAUCGUAGGGUCAUAUUCCUUGUAUAACACUUUUGGGAAUUUUCUAAAUGACCUAUAUCACGAUUUUAGGGGUACUUUUAU